CGUAGACCGUGAACCGGACUGUUCACAAGCGUAGGAUUUAUUUGUCACGGAAAACACUUCGCACUGAAAACGAGUAGGGGGAAUGAUGACCAACCCUAUGUCCCGGUGUCUGGCUCACGGUUCCUAAAGAAGUCCUCUCAAGGAUGCUGCCUUCGAAGCGGAUCGAACGACAACCCCGGGCCUCGCUUCUGCCCGGGGUUCUCCUGUGUGUCAUUCUCGCCACUGUCAGUGCAAGUAUGCCAGCUAGGGAUAAGUGCCCGGACCACAUAGACUGUGCCCGCGAGGGGCGGCACUUCUGCAAACCUGGCACAUCCUACUGCGGCCCGUGUCUCAAUCCAUUGGACGAGAACGAGGAAGGAUUGUGCGUGGCGAGGAAGAGCCGCCGUCACCAUGGUAAAGUGACAUCCUUCUCUGAUCUAGAUGAAGAGAUUGACUUCCUUCACUCUGUCAUUGCCAAACAGGAAGUGUCUGAGGUCAAACAAUCAGACACCCACUCCAAGGCAGCUAGGAUUCAGACAGAGGCUCCCAGAAUGAGAGGCCAGGUCCAACCCUCGGCGGGGCAGCCCAACACCACCCAGCCCUCCACCCAGACCCCCCAGCCUGCCACCGGGGCUCUGGGGAGGGUUAGAGCGGGAGGACCUGAUGGCCUCAUAGCCGUCCCAUACACCUCCAAGGACAGCCUCCUCGUCAUUAUGAUCUCUGUGUGUGUCAUCGUUGGCGCCGCCGGCCUGAUCUUGGCUACAGUUUUCUGGGUCAGGUUGCAGAAGGAAUCCCAUCUGGCCCAGAAGGUAGAUUACCCUGCAUUUGGAAGCCAUGGGAAUGGAACAGUCAACAGGACUUCAUCGGGGGAUAAGAAGUUGGCCCAGAGUGCUCAGAUGUACCACUACCAGCAUCAGAAACAGCAGAUGCUGUCCAUGGAAAAUCAUAAAUCGGAACCGAAGGUCGCUGACUCAGAAGUCACAUCAGAUGAGGAGGAAGUGGACGGAGACUUCACUGUGUACGAGUGCCCUGGACUGGCACCGACUGGAGAGAUGGAAGUGAAGAAUCCUUUGUUUAACGACUCUACCCUACACUACCAGGGGAAUCUCAAGUGAAACCAAUAGAUUUUCAUGCCCACACACACACACACACACACACACACACACACACACCAUUUCUUUUACUCUGGAAAAAGAGCACCUGAACUCUCCAAUCUCAGAACUGGAUGGGCUUAUAUAAGAGGAAAUGAAGAGGCAGGAGGUUGACAGAUGUGUGGAACUCAACAUGUAUGUCUCUAAUGGCACCCUUACACCCUAUAUAGUGCACUACUUUUGACCAGAACCCUAUGGGUCCAUGUCAAAAGUAGUGCACUACAUUGGGUAUAGGGUGCUAUUUGGGAUGUAGACAACCUUCCUGUAUCCUAGGACUUUUUCACUAGUGGGGUGUUUCUAUCAUACAAAAGGCCUAGUCCCCUAUACUUUCCAGUAAAAGACAGUGUUCCUUUUGAAUAUAAUUUGUUGUUUCAUGUCUUUGCACCGUUCCUUGGUCUUUUAAGCUUGUUUGUAAUUUAAUCUCACAACGAGAACAUUACUAUGGGAAACAAAUGUUUACAUUGCCAAAGCAAAUGAAAUAGACAACAAACUAAAGCGAAAUAAACAAGGAAAAGACAAUCAGAAAUGAACAGUAAACAUUACUCACAAAAGUUUUUAAAGAAUAUAGACAUUUCAAAUGUUAUAUUAUUGGCACAGUGUUGUAACAAUGUCCAAGUAAUUGAAGUAUGGAAGGGAAAAUAAAUAAACAGAUAUAUAUAGGUUGUAUUUACAAUGGUGUUUGUGCUCCACUUGUUGCCCUUUUCUUGUGGCAACAGGUCACAAAUCUUACUGAUGCGGUGUCACACUGUGUGGUAUUUCACCUAAUAGAUAUGGGCGUUUUGUCAAGAUUGGAUUUGUUUUCAAAUUCUUUCUGGGUCUGUGUAAUCAGAGGAGGGUAGAAAAUGCAGCUUGGUUUCUCUCUCUCUUAGAAUCAGUGUUUCAAUUGCUCGCCUUUGUAAUGUCCAUUGUUAUCUCCCAAAGUAUGUUUGAAUGUGGUACAAUGACCUAACAUAUAGCACGUAGAACACACAUAUGUGCAGAUACAUACACACAUCAAUUCACAAUAUAACAGUCCCUUACUCUAUUAGCAAUGCAUAGCUAGUAGCUAACCCCAUAUGAUUAUACUGUAGAUACUGGUACACAUAAAGGGUUUUUCAUGAAAUGUGCUUGGCAUUUGGCUAAGGAGCAAGAGGAACACAAGGGGACACUGUCAUGAUAUACUGUGAUAUAAUCUUUUAAGUACUAUUUUAUGGAUGCAAAAAAUGUAUGUCACAUAUUUGUGAUGUCUGUCUAUUCUUAUCUUCCAAAAACAGGGUUUAGGAUGAAGUUCUUGUCAUUUGGUGUAGCAAAUUUUAACUUGUUAAAUCAUUAUUGUAGAUUUAAGAAAGUAUAUUGGAAAAUGUAGUACCAGGUGAUUUCUCAUGCGUGGUUUGAUUCCGACAUGUUUGAAUAUGAUAAUGACUUUGAUUCGACCUCCUAUGUGUAACUGGAGGAGACAUGUAAAUUGAUAUGUCCACACUUGUAUGAAUGUCUGUAGGAUUGACGAUCGGUGGUGGAUGUCACUAUCUAGUAUUGUUUCUCUCUUUUAUCCCUGUUAGUUCCCACCCUGGUGUUGCAAAAUGUGCAUAGAAAGAGUGAAACUGUUCACUUUUAUAUAUUUGUACAUGCAGGCCUAGCAUCUGAAUUAAACGUUUUUACCACAAGUGAAGCUUGCAAAAGGACAA